AUGCCGAAAAGGAAGGCCUCAUCUCUGUGGUCGCCGUCGUCGUCACCUAAUUCUUUAAAAAAGACAUCGUCUUCUGGAAAGGUCUAUGCUAAAGCUGCAAACAUAAGGACGUCUACAGAUUUACCGACAUCAUCUACUUCACUUCCUGGAUCGGGUUCUGGAUCAAGUUCUCCAUUGUUCGAAAUGCAGUCAUCAUUCCCUGGUCCGGACUUACCGAUUAGCAACCAAUCAAGCAUCAACAACUCUCGAAAGCUUCAGAAUGCUAUUGUUGGUAAUCGGUUGCUUUAUGGCCGUGCUAAGCCCCAAACCACUCGUCGUCUAGUUAUUAAAAGCUCUAGUACCACUAGUGAUGAUUCUUCCACUGGCAAUGAUAAUGGUAAGGGAAAAGAACCUAUAUCAGGCAGUGGAAGGGCUAGAAAAAUGUCUUCUGAUGCUGCAACAAAGUACUAUGAAGAAACUAUGGAAAAGCUUAAAACGGCUCUAGAGGAUAUUUUAAGCCCCGGACUGGUUGGUGUAGCGGGAAUUGACAAGUCCGAGUUGAUACCUGACUCUAGAGGGAUCUCUCAGGAGGAACUAUAUCGUGGUGUUGAAAACUUGUAUCGAUACAAUAAAGCGGCUAUUCUCGCUGAUUUGUGUUUGAACACGAUUGAAAAGUAUGCAAAAAAGCUUCCUGACGUGUUGCAACCGCACCUGGAAAGCUUGACCGCACAUCCUCUAGUCCGGCCAAUGUUCGGUUUAGACUCUGAAUUGUCAUCAGCUUCUGCUUCUUCAAACUCAUCUGCACAUUCUCUACUUGAUACCAAUACUCCAGAUGCUCAAGCUGUGUCGCAUUUGUAUCCAUUUUUAAGGGCUCUAGAUAGACUUUGGAAGUCAUGGUCACAGAAAAUAAUUCUGGUUCGAAAUAUAUUUUUCUAUCUGGAUAGAGCAUAUUUGCUACCACCGCAAAACAAGAAGAAGCCAAUUUGGGAUACAGGAGUCGACUGGUUCUCCAAGCUCAUAUUGCAGGAUGAUGUGUUCAACACUAUUAUUUUAACCAGUAUUUCUCAAAUUGUAAACUCGUAUCGAGUUUCGUUGCAGUCUGAACUUUCUGUUGUUGAGAAUAUCAGUAGAAUGUUGGCUUCGUUCAAAGAUGACCGUUCACUUCUCGAAAACGAGAUUCUUUCUUCGGCAAAAGAAUUGACUAAUAAAGACAUUGAUAUCAAAACAAUCGGGAUCGAGUCGUUUGUAGACAUGCUGCUUAAUCAGAUAACAAUUGAGCAGAGACUAGGCGAGUCGCUCAACUUUUCUACUAAGUUUAUUAGCACUAUGGUCGAUAACAUGAAAGCCCUGCUGUUAAAAUCACGGUACAAAGAUGUAUUUGCAAAUUUGAAGGUGUUAUUAGACAAGACUGAUUAUGAGAGAUUUCAGAGUCUGUAUACGUUUUCACGAGAGCUGGACCUCGAUACAGAGCUGCUGGCUGCUUUCAGAGGUUAUGUCAUAAAUGAAGGCACAAGCGUUCUCGAAAACAACUCGGCCAAGUCAACUAAGAAAGGUGGGUCCAAUCUAAUUCUCAGUCUACUUGAGUUAUACCAUAGAUGUCUAGAAAUUGUGAGGCGUGGUACGAAAUUUCCCGAGCCCUAUGAAUUGGUGGAUUCGAAUUAUGAAGAUGCUUUUAGACGGGCAUUUGCGGAGUUCCUUAAUAAAGAUCGGUCUGGAAUGGUGGCUGAAAAGCUUGCCAAGUAUGCCGAUGAGCUGUUGAGAUCCGGCAUUAAAGCAUGUUCCGAGAAAGAACUGGAUGAAAAGUUCGAUGAGCUGAUUCUCAUUUUUAGAUGUGUUCAAGGAAAGGAUGUGUUUGAAGCGUUCUACAAAAAGGACUUUGCCAAACGACUACUGCAGUCAAAGUCUGGUGGUCUAGAUUUCGAGAAGUCGAUGAUUUCGAAAUUAAAGGUGGAAUGUGGUCCGUCGUUUACGUCUCGGCUUGAAACUAUGAUAAAAGAUAUGGAGCUGUCUAAAACUUAUGCCACAGAAUUCCGGGAACAAGCUAAGUCAUCCAAAGUCAAGUCUAUUGCUUUCAAUGCUAAUAUUCUGACUCAGGGCCACUGGCCAACAUUGCCAGAGACUAAAAUUGUUCUACCACCGGCUUUGGUUGAGUAUGAGAAAGAGUUUGAAAAAUAUUAUCUUGCCGGCAAAGCCCGCCGUAAGUUAAGCUGGCAGCAUGGUCUUGGAAACUGUAUUGUCAAGGCCAACUUCCCACGGGGAACGAAAGAACUUGUUCUUAACCUCAUUCAAGCGGUUGUCCUGCUACAAUUCAACACAUUUAAAGACGGAGUGACCACCGACGAGCAAGUUUCGUAUUCACAAAUGAAACAAUCUACACAGUUGGAUGACUCGACUUUGAGGAGAACACUACAAAGUUUAGCAUGUGGUAAAGUGAGGAUUCUAGUCAAAGACCCUGCAACACGAGAAGUAGAUGAAAACGACACGUUCAAAGUGAACCUCGAGUUCUCCAGUCCUGUAUACAAGAUCAAGGUCAGUCAGAUUGCAGCUGCCGAAGCCGGCCCUAAAGAAGCCAAAAAGAUCCACGAGGACGUCAACCGAGACCGACAAAUGGAGAUCCAAGCCGCCAUCAUCCGACUCAUGAAAGCCCGCAAGAAACUCAAGCACGUCGAGCUCGUGCAACAAACCAUCGACCAGAUCAAAGAACGUGGGCUCCCCAAUGUCCAAGAUAUCAAAAAGAACAUCGAGAAACUGCUCGAGCGCGAGUACCUCGAGCGUGUCGACAACACUGACACCUACAUCUACGUAUGA